AUGUCUCUGAGUGUCUUCAGUCUCCAAAGACAAUGUCUACUAAGAAGCAGCCAUAUGUGCUAUCAGGCGACGCAGUUGCUAGGAACAACGCAACUAUUGAAUAAGUCAUUGCGGUCAAUACGUUUCUUUGCAACCUCGACCAGAGAUGCAGACACAUCAAUGAGUACGUCGCCUAUUGAAUUUACUUCAAACCUUGUUUUUGAAAAAAGCAGAUUAGAUUCCAUUGCUGAUAAAGCAUCAAUGGCUUUAAGAUGCACAGAUGAUACAACGGAUGCACCCAACCUACCGUUUAAUGUUAAACGUGUUGAUCAUGUUUCAAGGAAAAAUGCUAAGGCGGUACCUGGUAAGAUGACGGUGGCAUCAAUUCGAAAGAAUGUCAUUGACCCAUACCUUCAAUUGACAAAACCACGGUUGACUACUCUAGUGAUGUUGAGUGCUAUUUGUUCAUAUGCCCUUUCUCCAUAUCCUGCAACCCUAAUGCAACUAACUUGUUUGACGAUUGGAACCACUUUCUGUUCGGGUGCAGCCAAUGCCAUCAACAUGGGGAGAGAACCUGAUUAUGAUCGAAUGAUGACCAGAACGUCCACGAGGCCCGUAGUGCGAGGUAUCAUUACACCAAAACAAUCGUUUGAAUUUGCUGCAGUGAUAGGAACCGUCGGAACAUCCGUACUGUAUUUUGGUGUUAACCCAACAGUUGCCGCGUUGGGAGCUAGUAAUAUUGUUCUUUACUCGUGGAUAUACACAUCUCUGAAGAGGAAAACCAUCUUAAAUACAUGGGUUGGUGCAUUAGUUGGUGCGAUUCCUCCGUUGAUGGGAUGGGCAGCUGCUAGUUCCCUGACACAUCCCGGCGCAUGGGUUCUUGCGGUCUUAUUAUAUGCUUGGCAAUUCCCUCAUUUUAAUUCUUUAAGUCAUAACGUUAGGAAUGAAUAUAAGAACGCAGGGUAUGUGAUGACUGCUUGGAAAAACCCUAAAUUAAAUGCCAGAGUUGGUUUAAGAUAUACUUUAUUGAUGUUUCCAUUAUGCUUUGCUCUCUCGUAUUUUGAUAUUACUGAUUGGUAUUACCAAAUUGACUCAGCCAUCGUAAACGCCUGGUUAUCAUUUUGGGCUUUCAAAUUUUAUUGGCAACAAAGGUUGAAUUACUCUAAAGAUGUAAUAAAUGAUAAGGAAAAUUGA